AUGAUUGAAUUAUUCUUACUGUAAUUGAUAUUAAGUUGGGAAGUGUUAGGGAGUUAAUAUGAAUUUAAGGUAGAAAUAGGGUAGUUACAAACAGUGUUAGAAUUAAAUAAUGCUAAAAAUGUAUCUCUGUCUGGAGAAAGUAAUUAAGAGUUUUGUUGGAUUAAUAAGGAACAGGUUGUUUUACAAUAAUCAUCUCUUAUGAACUAAUAAGAACUUGAUAGUAUGAAUAAAUACUAUUAUUUACUUGCGUCAUAAAUUGGUAUUUGGGUAGUUAUGAAUGAUAUGAUCUUAACUUAAGUAACACAUGAUGGAAUAAUAUUAAAUUAGAAAAAGAUUGAAGGCAAUAUUAGCUAUUUCUAAGGUUAUUAUAAUGAAAAAGGUGAAAAUGCUAUUUUUUUAGUUGAUUAUCACUUUUUAAAUGACACUUAAAAUACAUUCUAUCAUGGUGCUAUAAAAAUAUAUGAUGGAUUUCUAUUUGUUGUUAAUAAAUUCAUUUAUGUUUAUGAUUUAUAAAAUAAUACUAACAAAUAUUUUGGAUAAAUAGAUAUAACUAAAUUUUAAAAUAUUAUUGACUAUGAUAUAAAAAAAAUUGAUGAUAAGAAAUAUUAUUUUUAUAUAAUGGAUAAACAUUUUGGAUUAACUGUUUUAAAGAUGCUUUUGAGAUACAAUAAUAUCAAUUCUAAAGUAAUUUAUGCUGAAAUAUAUCCUACUAAGAAUCCUAAAUCAUUUUUUUGUAAUGAAUACAAUAGCUGUUUUGGAUUAUAUUAUAAUCAUGUGUAUAAAAUUUUGAAUUUUAAUAUUAACUUUAUUGAUAGUAGUAUAUCCAUUUAAGAAAUCUUAUAACAAGAAUAAAAGAUAGAAAAACUAAUUAAUAUUGGUGAUACAAUGUUUAUAUAAUGUAAGAAUAAUCAUAAGAUAUAUCUAUAUAACUCUUAAGAAAUCUAAAAUAUAUAAAUUUUGGGAUUAUAACAAAUCUCUGUAGUGAAUUCUUCGUUGAUUUAUAUGAUUACAAAUACUAAAUUAAUCAAAUUAGAACUCACUAUAUCUCCUCCAAAAAUACUUUGUUAUUGUGAUGACAAUGAAGAUUGUCCAUAAAUAUAUGAUUAUGGAAUUAAUUAUAUAGAUAAAUCAAAGUAAAUGAGUUUAAAAUUCACAAUAGAAUUUUAGACUUCUUUGGAGGAUCAAAUGAAUGAAGUUUUAGUUAUUAUUUUUUCAAUACUAUUUCUAUUUGGAAGUAAUUUAUUAUAAUUUUAUUAUAUAGUUUUAUUAAUGAUUUUUUGGAUUUAUUCUUUAAAAGCUUAAAUCCUGUUGUUGGAAGAAAGAAUAAAAUAAGGCUAUUAAUUUAUGUAAAAAAAUAAAUUACCAAUAUUUCAUACCCUUGAAAACCUUGCUUUUACAUUUCGAGGAGUUGAAACAUUAUCCAAAAGAAUCUAAUAAUAAGAAUCUUAGGAAAUUUAAGAAAUUUAUUGA